AAAAGCAUCCUACUCUUAUGCCCCUCAACAUUUCAUAUUUUGCACGUCUCCUAACUGACCCAAUUAAAAUGGUCAACAGAGAUUAUAUACUUUACAAAAUAUAGUAUUGUUUUGAGUUUUAGUGUGAGUUAUGCGUGUUCAUGUAGAUUAUGAGCUUGUCAAUGACAAUUUAAUGACGUUUGUGUAGUUUUGUACGCUGUUAAUGCAUUAAACUUUGCUGGCCCAAUACUUGUAUGUCCCAUCAGUACUAGGAGACAACCAUUCACGUUUAGAACUUAAUGCAUAUCCUCACAUUAUAUAAAUGGAUACUCUACAUUAGAUUGCAGUAGUGAAAUCUAUUAGGCAGUUGAUGUACAAAAAAUGUGGAUUCCACUUAUCUAAUGACAAGUGUUAAAAUUAUGAAGCGUAAAUAAUGGUAAAAUCUAAUUCGCCUUUAGCAAUAACCUCAAACUAUAACGUUUAUUAUUCCUAAGUGUUGUUCGCCAUUAUGUAUAUGUGUAUUUUUUUUAAUUUUUUAAUUGAGAUAACAAUAGGGGAAUACAAAGACAUUUGAGUCUGUAAAACAAUAAAAUAAAAAUUACAAGUCUUGUAUCACAAAUCAUGUUUCUAAUACAUCAAGUAUUAUGUAUAGGUGUAUGCACGCGUAGGAAACCUCCAGCAGGUGGCGCUACAUCACCGGUGCUGAACGCGGCAACAAAACACGCCUCCUGCGUACGUCACGCACGCUGUCCGUGUUUGAACGUGGCGGCGCGAGGGUGUGAAAAUUUGUUUUUUAUACUGUAUAUUCGGUGUUUUCCAUGUCUGCACAUCUAAUGAGAACGAAACUUUAAACAAAUAGUUACAUACUCCAAUAAUUAAUGCUUGUCGCGUUGUAUAUCUGUUCUUAUGAUUAACAGAACAGACAUGACAGCUACGGCUGGUAAUAAAUGGAAGGGGCUGUUCAGUGUUGGAGAGGAGUUUGAGGAUGAGGAUUUGCUUGAAGCAGAUUGGACAUGCCCAUCAGAGCGCACAUCUUCUUCAGAUCCAUCAUCUGUGUCCUCACAUGUGUUAGCUGAAAAAUCCACUCAUAUUCAGCAGAGACCUGUUAGCUUGUCAUCAGGUGCUGGGGAAAAUACGUCAGGAUCUGUUUGUGUGGCGACUCUUCGAACCCCAACAUGUGGCACUAUCAGUUCCCCACCAGACUUCUCUAUACCUUGCCAUCAGACACUUUCUUCCUGCGUUUCUUCCCUCCGAGCGCCUGCGUCAUCCCUGAAACCGUCCUCUAACCCAAUAAACCCUGCACCCCCAGCAUCUCUCAGUGUCCCGCAGAGAGACCUCACUCCUCAGGAUGACUUUGAUGACUGGGAUGUGGAUCUGGAGGAGCUGGAUAGCAUUCCUCUGAUGGUUUCUGAGCCACAAAAUAUUUCACCACCACUGGACAACGUUUCACCCGUUAAACGAAUGAGACAUUCAGCAGCAGAAGUGUCCUCCCAUGAAAGUUUCGGUGCGGCCUGCUCAGUGUCAGUUGCACGGCCCUUAAUCAACACCUCAUUCGCUUCCAAUGACGAAGGCCCCAGGUGUCCAUCUACCCCUAUGCAGAAUCCAAAUCACAUGCAUAUCCCCGCUACAUUAGUCUCACGAUUUCCCAGACCUGUGAAUCCAAGGCCUCCAGUUGUGUCGCCUCAGUGCCAGAGGGGUGCUUUGACACCGAGGACCCCACUGCAGCCCAGAGGAUCUCUUUUCCACUCUGUGUCUUCUACUAUUGAUUCUUCUUCCACAUUUACACCUCGUCCUCUCAACACGCCUGUCCUGACCAAUCACUUGGUCCAGCUGGUGUCUGCAGCCAAUAAGACACCUCAGAGACCACAGAGCUGUAUGAUGCCAGCCAAAGCACGCCGUUUCCCUGGCCCAGCAGGUGCACUACCACAGCAGGUCAGUGGGCGGAGUCUUGAUGACAUUGUUGUGUCAGUUCCUCAGACACCUGCACAUGGAGCGGUUGCUCGCCUAAAAAGUGAGCAGGUCUCCAGCUCUCAGGUGAGUGAGGAUGAGGAGUUCAGCAGGGGUCCGUGGGCAGUGAUGAAGUCUGAGAUGGGAUUGGAUGAGAAGAACCCUUCUUGCUUUCUUCAUUCUUACAGUGUUGUCAUGGUUCUCCGCAAGGCUGCUCUCAGGCAGCUAACUAAGAAUAAGGUCCCUAACAUGGCUGUUGUCUUGAAGAGUAUCACACACACACACGCAGAUGCAAAGGCCGUCUUCAGAGAUCCCACAGGUGAGAUGCAGGGCACGGUUCAUCGUCGCCUUUUGGAAGACAGACAGGGAGAGCUCAAGACAGGAGCUGUGUUACUUCUCAAACAAGUGGGUGUGUUUUCACCAUCACACCGAAAUCACUACCUGAAUGUCACACCCAAUAACCUUCUCAGGAUAUACCCACCUGAUGGGGUCUUCCAUAACUCGCAGCCAUCCCACCCUCCACCGCAGGAGUUUGCUUUGCGUAGUGAACCCAACAGGUCUACAGGGGGCCCGGUCUCUCAGAUGGAGCUCCACUUUGAUGACGAAGAUGAAAAUGCAGUUGAGGAAAGUCGGGCUGCUGAUGGUUUAGACACUGCAGCUGUCUCUAAUGAACUCUGUCAAGCAUCUACUGUGUCGGGACCAACAGAGGACACAUCAUGGGACAAAGAUGACCUUGAUGAGCUGCUCGGGGAGUUACCUGUGGAGUCAUAUGAUGGAUUACAUUGAACGCACAGUCACUUUAAAUACAAAGUAUAAUUGUAGAACAUGUCUCAUAUUAAUACAUAUCAUGACCAUACCUUCUAUUGUACAAACACCUACUAACCAAAGACUACACUACUUUUGUUCAGGUUUUGUGUAAACCUUUGUAAAUAUGUACAUAAUUCACUUGCAUAAAUUGAAGAAAUAAAAUCCUGAUGAGACCCUUAAA